AGUGCUCCCAAGGAAAUGAAUAAACAACCAGCCAACAGCCUGGAGGCGACGGUGCCCCCGGGCCACCACGAUGGCCCGUGCGCACCUAGGACGAGCCCGGAGCAGGAGCUUCCCGCGGCCACCGCCGCGCCGCCGCCGCGUGUGCCCAGGUCCGCUUCCACCGGCGCACAAACUUUCCAUGCUCCCGACGCGCGAGCCUGCGAGGCCGAGCGGCCCGGAGGAGCCGGGGCUUGCAAACUGAGUAGCCCGCGGCCGCCGGCGGCCUCGGCGGCUCUGCGGGACUGGAGCGAGGCGCACUGUGCGCAGACCGCCCCUCCUUCAGGGGGAGCCGGGCCCGGCAACGCGCUGCCUUGUAAGAUUCCGGCCCUGCGGGGCCUGGAGGGGGAUGCGAAUGUGAGUGUGGGGAAGGGCACCCUGGAGCGGAACAAUACCCCGGCCGUGGGCUGGGUGAAUAUGAGCCAGAGCACCGUGGUGCUGGGCACGGAUGGAAUCACGUCCGUGCUCCCGGGCAGCGUGGCUACCGCUGCCACCCAGGAGGACGAGCAAGGGGAUGAGAAUAAGGCCCGAGGGAACUGGUCCAGCAAACUGGACUUCAUCCUGUCCAUGGUGGGGUACGCAGUGGGGCUGGGCAAUGUCUGGAGGUUUCCCUACCUGGCCUUCCAGAACGGGGGAGGUGCUUUCCUCAUCCCUUACCUGAUGAUGCUGGCCCUGGCAGGGUUGCCCAUCUUCUUCCUAGAGGUGUCCCUGGGCCAGUUUGCCAGCCAGGGGCCGGUGUCUGUGUGGAAGGCCAUCCCAGCCCUGCAAGGCUGUGGCAUCGCAAUGCUGAUCAUCUCUGUCCUAAUAGCCAUAUACUACAAUGUGAUUAUUUGCUACACUAUUUUCUACCUGUUUGCCUCCUUUGUGUCUGUGCUGCCCUGGGGCUCCUGCAACAACCCUUGGAACACGCCAGAAUGCAAAGACAAAACCAAACUUUUGUUAGAUUCCUGUGUGAUCAAUGACCAUCCCAAAAUACAGAUCAAGAACUCGACUUUCUGCAUGACCGCCUAUCCCAACUUGACAAUGGUUAACUUCACCAGCCAGGCCAAUAAAACGUUCGUCAGUGGGAGUGAAGAGUAUUUCAAGUACUUUGUGCUGAAGAUUUCUGCAGGGAUUGAGUAUCCUGGUGAGAUCAGGUGGCCACUAGCCUUCUGCCUCUUCCUGGCUUGGGUGAUUGUGUAUGCCUCCUUGGCGAAAGGAAUCAAGACUUCAGGAAAAGUGGUGUACUUCACGGCCACCUUCCCGUACGUUGUGCUCGUGAUCCUUCUCAUCCGAGGCGUCACUCUGCCUGGAGCCGGCGCUGGGAUUUGGUACUUCAUCACGCCAAAGUGGGAGAAACUCACAGACGCCACGGUGUGGAAAGAUGCUGCCACUCAGAUUUUCUUCUCUUUAUCUGCUGCAUGGGGAGGCCUGAUCACUCUCUCUUCUUAUAACAAAUUCCACAACAACUGCUACAGGGACACGCUAAUUGUCACCUGCACCAACAGUGCCACGAGCAUCUUCGCCGGCUUCGUCAUCUUCUCAGUCAUCGGCUUCAUGGCUAACGAACGCAAGGUGAACAUCGAGAAUGUGGCCGACCAAGGACCAGGUAUUGCAUUCGUGGUUUACCCAGAGGCCUUAACCAGGCUGCCCCUCUCUCCCUUCUGGGCCAUCAUCUUUUUCCUGAUGCUUCUCACUCUUGGACUUGACACUAUGUUUGCUACCAUCGAGACCAUAGUGACCUCCAUCUCGGACGAGUUCCCCAAGUACCUGCGCACUCACAAGCCGGUCUUUACUCUGGGCUGCUGUGUUUGUUUCUUCAUCAUGGGCUUCCCAAUGAUCACUCAGGGUGGAAUUUACAUGUUUCAGCUUGUGGACACGUACGCCGCCUCCUAUGCCCUCGUCAUCAUCGCCAUCUUUGAGCUCGUGGGGAUCUCCUAUGUGUACGGCUUGCAGAGGUUCUGUGAAGAUAUCGAGAUGAUGAUUGGAUUCCAGCCAAACAUUUUCUGGAAAGUCUGCUGGGCCUUUGUGACUCCGACCAUUUUAACUUUUAUCCUUUGCUUCAGCUUCUACCAGUGGGAGCCCAUGACCUAUGGCUCUUACCGCUACCCUAACUGGUCCAUGGUGCUUGGAUGGCUCAUGCUUGCCUGCUCCGUUAUCUGGAUCCCGAUCAUGUUUGUGAUAAAAAUGCACCUGGCUCCUGGCAGAUUUAUUGAGAGGCUGAAGUUGGUGUGCUCGCCGCAGCCGGACUGGGGUCCCUUCUUAGCUCAGCACCGUGGGGAGCGUUACAAGAACAUGAUCGACCCCUUGGGGACCUCUUCGCUGGGACUCAAACUGCCAGUGAAGGAUUUGGAACUAGGCACCCAGUGCUAG